AUGGCAGACUUCAUGGACUACGCCUACCCAGCUGGAGACGAAAGCGACGCCAGCAACGAGGAGUGGGACAUCGGGCAUUAUCCAGAUAAAAAAUCUUCUUGCAUCCAGGAACUUGAUGCUUCUGUACCACAUGCAGAAGAUAAUGUGUCAAAGUUGAAACAAGCCAUCAGUAAAGGAGACGUUGCAACUGUUGAGCAGCUGCUGGAUGAUGGUGUGGAUGUGGAGACCAGGCUUAGGUUUGAAUGGACUCCUCUGAUGGCUGCUGUCAGUGUGGCUAACUAUGACUUGGCCAAACUACUGCUGGACAAAGGAGCCAGUGCGAAUUUCAGCAAAGAUCACUUCACAGUGCUCAUGGCCAGCUGCACCGCGUCUGCCAGUGAAGACAAAAUUGCACGUUGUGUGGAGCUUCUGCUGUCCAGAAAUGCUGAUCCCAACAUGGUGGACAGGUCUCAAAUGACUUGCUUGACACUGGCAGCCAGGAAUGGCUACAGUAAGGUCAUCAACAUACUGGUGUCCCACAGAGCAAAUAUCAACGCCCAGGAUGACCAAGGAUACACAGCUUUGUCUGUAGCUGUGCAGUAUGGCAGAGAGGAGGCAGUGCUAAAGCUCCUCCAGCUGGGAGCAGACAAAAACAUAAAGACAGAAACUGGCAAGAGGCCUGCCGACCUGGCUGAGAUGUUCAAACACACACAGAUAGCCAGGAUUCUGGCCUCUUCAUCCGACAUUUCUACUUUUGAAACCUUCAGUUCCAAGGAGACCCUCUCUAAGUUCUUCAAGACUAACUCUGAAGUGCCACCUUCUAAGGACAGUGUAACCAGGCUUGCUGACCUGGAGCUUCUCCUUCAUGGCCUCGAUCUUGGCUACCUUGUGGACAUCAUGACUGAAAAUGACAUCAGCUGGAAUUACCUGUUGACCAUGGAGAAGGAGGACCUUGAGAAGAUUGGCGUCACAGAUCCAGUGGACCAGCAGAAGUUGUUGAAUUCUGUGCAGCAGAUGCACCUGGACAAAGUGGACACAUUCACCCUGCUGGAAGCUGCAGAUAGUGGGAGUGAGGAGCUGCAAAACUUCAUCAUAAGUGUGAGACAGCAGUGCUGCUACCUGACAGAAAUGAUUCAAGACACCAUCAGCCGUUUGCCCCGUCAGCCCUCUCAGUUGGUCUUCUCACUGGACCCGAAGAAGGAGGCCCGUGCUAUCUGCAACCAGCUAGUGCUCCAGACUAAAGACCUCCAGAAAGAAAUCAUCUGCCUCCGCAAUCUGCUAAGCCAGGUCGACACACACACUUUGUAG